CGUCAAUCAAUUGUUAGCAAAUUUUUUGAGAAAAAAAUACGUCAAUCAAACAAAUGGUGUAAUGCUAGUGUCUUCUUCUUUUCUUUCACUGCGUAUAAUAGAAUCAUUAUUUUAUGUCUCCUAUUAGUGGUAUGCGAAAUGUCAAAAUUAUUUAUAUAGAACGACCAAAAUCGAUCGCGUCAUCGUUCAUCGCGUACACAAAACAACUAAUUAUGUUUUCGCGUAAAAUUCAUUAGACGUCCUUGUAAACGUAAUUUCCUUGUGCGUACUACCUAUUUACCUGAUUUGUUUCAAUUAUGAAUUUCGACGAUACAUCUAGUGGCGGCUACGUCACCACGGAGACUAUAUACGGUACUCACGAAGAUUCUCAUGUAGUGAUGUCUGAAAAAGUCCAGUCAUUAGCUGGAAGUAUCUAUCAGGAGUUCGAGCGGAUGAUAGCUAGAUAUGAUGAAGACGUGGUGAAAACGCUGAUGCCGCUGCUUGUGAAUGUAUUAGAGUGCUUAGAUUCCGCCUACCAGACAAACCAGGAGCAUGAAGUGGAGCUUGAGCUACUGAGAGAGGAUAACGAACAGCUAGUCACGCAAUAUGAACGCGAGAAGGCGGCAAGAAAACACUCUGAGCAGAAGUUACUAGAAGCAGAAGAUCACUACGAAGGUGACAGGAAAGAUUUGACAGGCAGACUGGAAGCUCUUGAUAGCAUAGUCCGGAUGUUGGAGCUGAAACACAAGAACUCUCUCGACCAUGCCAGCAGACUCGAAGAACGGGAGAAUGAACUUAAGAAGGAAUAUGCCAAGCUUCAUGACAGAUACACCGAAUUGUUUAAAACCCAUAUGGACUAUAUGGAACGUACAAAGUUAUUGCUCAGCACGGCCAGUGAACGCAGCGAGGUCAGGGGUCGUCUUGGUCUCAACCCUAUCGGCAGAUCGAGUGGUCCAAUAUCGUUCGGGUUCUCGUCGCUCGAGGGAUCUGUGAAUGUGCUCGAGCAGUCAUCAAGUAUUCCUGGCAGUCCUGUAAGCCUUUCGUCGUCACCGCCAUCCCCACCAAUAGGUUCUGAAUUGGCGGCUGUACAGACCAUGGAACGUGCGCAUCAGACCGAUCCAAUCACUCAACAAAGUCAGGCAACAUCACCAGUGGCACCACCAAAUUCUGGCGGGAAAUCACAGACGAAGAGUGAAAAACGAAGCGGUAAUACUUUGUAUCAAGAAUUAUCGUUCAAUGAAUGUGAUACUACCUUAACCGAAGCCGAAGACAGCGCUGAUAUAACAGGUAGCUGGGUACACCCUGGCGAAUAUGCGUCGUCAGUUAACGAUAACUACUUCGGAAUGGGCAAAGAAGUGGAAAAUUUAAUCUUAGAAAACAACGAACUUCUCGCUACAAAGAACGCAUUGAACGUAGUCAAGGACGAUCUGAUAGUACAAGUGGACCAGCUAACCGGGGAACAGGAAAUUCUCAGGGAAGAAGUUGCCAACCUCAGCGCUGCCAGGGAACAGCUGAGGGAGCGAGUCACUCAGCUCGAGGAAGAACUGAGGCAUCUAAAGGAAACCGUGAACAACAACACGACUAGCUGUGAUAAUGAGGACGAAGCAGACGUGCCAAUGGCCCAACGCAGGCGGUUCACCCGAGUCGAGAUGGCGCGUGUUCUUAUGGAGAGGAAUCAGUACAAGGAGCGGUUUAUGGAGCUACAAGACGCUGUUCGCUGGACAGAGAUGGUUCGAGCGAGUCGCGUCGACUCUUCCAUGGACAAAAAGAAUAAACAGAGCAUAUGGAAGUUUUUUAGCAACCUUUUUAGUACAAGCGAGAGGCCGCAACGACCGUUAUCGACUCCACAUCUACGCGCUGUUGCGGCUCCCCAGCCCGCAAUGAGGCACUCUCGCACGUCUGCUGACUUCCUUGAGACUCAACUUACAGAUCACCAUCACAGGCGGCACGAGCGUAGCGAACAAUUUCGUCAGGUUCGGGCGCACGUACGGAAGGAAGACGGGCGCACGCAGGCCUACGGAUGGAGUCUGCCCGGAAAAAGUGGACAGGGGCAAAAGGGACCCAGUCCGUGUACUUCCCUAUCCUCCGGUGGCGUGCCCGUCCCCGUCCCAGUGUUCUGCAGACCUAUAGCGGAAUCGGAGCCACGAAUGACUUUAUUGUGUGCCGCCGCUGUAAAUCUCAACGGGGGCCGGACCCCAGAUGGCGGCUGUAUGAUCGGCGGAAGUGUGUUCUAUGCUAAAGAAGAUAAGAACGAGAGCGCCAUGUGUUUGGCAUAUGAAAUGAGCAAAGCGCAAUCCGUACACUCGCCAGAAGUGGAAGAGAUAAACCAGCAGCUGCAGUCGACGCAAAACGUCGGAGCGAUUGAGAAGAAUCUAUCUUCUAUUGUAUGGAUUUGCUCGAGUACGCAGACAAAAGGCGUUGUUAUGAUCGUCGACGCCAAUAAUCCAGCAGAGGUGCUAGAGUCGUUUCCAGUAAGCGACAAGCACAUACUAUGCGUCGCUUCGGUUCCUGGCGCAGUAGCUGACGAUUAUCGCGAGUAUGAAGACAGAAUGAGCGCCGAGAAAGAAAUCAAGAGGCAUUCAGGGCAAUCGCUGUUUUGCGUCGGCAAGAGCGAUUCGGUCGACAGCCAGACUAAUGGGUUGGCGGGUAUGGCGAACAGUACAGACGAGAACGGUGACAAGGAUGUUAUUGUUGGCGCCACUAAAUUGGUAAAGGCGACAAUACUGACGCCGCCAGCGACGCCCGUCAAAGAGCCUGCGUCAUCGGCGGCACGCGAGAUACCCAAAGAAUCGGCAGUCAGAGAUGUAGAAGAAGCCUCCGAUUCAGUCGCAGCUAACAGCCCGCCUCUCAGUUCCACACCUAUCAACGAACACUUGGGAUCCCCUGAGCCCGGUGUGGACGCGUUCGCUCAAGAGGAAUCAAACCAUGAGAGUUUUGCGGACGUGUCUCAAGAACGUAAAAUGUCCACCAUAAUGGCGACGAUGUGGCUGGGCACCAGGAGUGGCAAUCUAUAUGUACACUCCGCUGUUGGAAACUACAGCAAGUGUCUAGCAAGAGUGAAGUUAAACGACGCAAUACUGGCCAUCGUGGCGUGCUCGUCACGAUGUAUCGUAGCGCUCGCGGACGGCACUGUGUCUAUAUUCUCCCGAUUGGCUGAAGGACAAUGGGACUUCUCACAAUACUGGCAGCUUACGCUUGGCGAUCCAAAAUGCUCAGUAAGGUGUCUAAGUGCUGUGGGUUGUACUGUGUGGUGCGGUUACCGGAACAAGGUGCAUGUGAUUGAUCCGCGCUCUAGGGCGCUGCUGUACUCGUUGGAGGCUCACCCACGCCAAGAGAGUCAGGUCCGGCAGAUGGCGUGCGAUGGCGAUGGUGUUUGGGUGUCAAUAAAAAUGGACUCCACACUGCGUUUGUAUCACGCACACACGUACCAACACCUCAAGGACGUAGACAUAGAGCCGUACGUAAGCAAGAUGCUAGGUACCGGGAAAUUGGGCUUCUCGCUGGUGAGAAUCACAGCGCUGCUAAUCAGUUCCGGCAGACUGUGGAUCGGGACCAGCAAUGGAGUAGUCAUAUCGGUACCGCUGUCAGAAGGCUCCAGCCGGGACUCCGUGGGUGGGUCGUUACCGCCUGCAACGAGAAAUAAUGUGCCAGGCCACGCGGCACUAGUCCAACCACGACCUUCAAGCCCGACCUCCGCUGCCAUACCUUGGUGCUCAAUGGCCCACGCCCAGCUCAGUUUCCAUGGCCAUCGGGAUGCUGUCACUUUCUUCGUGGCGGUGCCAGGAACCGGCGGUUCUCCCGCCCGCACCCCUGACUCCACACGAAGACACACCCCCACCCCCCCUCCGAUGCUCGUCAUAUCCGGCGGGGAGGGCUAUAUUGAUUUUAGAAUAGCCGACUCGGAGAUGGAAGACAGUGUGAUAGUCGCCGAAGAUGGCUCGUCGAGCGGUCACAGUUCACUCGCUGAGCGGGCGUCCAAGAGUCACCUGAUAGUAUGGCAAGUCGCCACCGCCUAACGUAAGGCCAGCCGAGCACGCUUCAACUCCGAGACAGACUUCGUUUACGUGUGUACGUCGACUAAACCAGCGGUACCGAUUGACGCAUAACUUGUUCGCUGUUUAUGAAUAGGACGCCUCGUUUGGGAAUGUAUUUUUUUUUUUUCAAUGUAUAUUAAAAAUAAAAAAUAAGAACACAAAGGUACCAGUGCCCAUACAGUUUGCUCAUUUUUAUUAAUCUGGAAAGAUCUUAUUUUUUAUUUAUUUCUUAACUAUUUUAAAUAAAUAUAAUUACUGAUUUUUGACAAAUUUAUUACUUAUACAUGUAAUUUAUUCAUACAUAUUUCACUAUUCUAUUGGUUUUAAAUAAUAGAAUAAAAUUAAAUAUGUAAUCGUUAUAAAAAUACAUUCCCAAAUUGUAUGGAGCUCACGGAUUUUUAGGGAGAGUCAGUGUUUUCAACUUUAAUUAGAGCUUGGUUGCAUUCGGCAAUUUAUAUUAGGAAUUGAUUUUAAUUAAGAGUUGGCAUUUCAAAAUCCAUUUGUUACCUAUUCACAUCACUCCUACGUCGUUCAGCGCGCGUGCACGAGUCAUAAUUAGUACGAGUGGUAUAGUAGUAUAUGACAGAACACUAUAAUAAGUAAAUACUACAUUUAUAUGUGCAAAUUUCGACUCGUGCGCACGUCGAUCGACCGGCAUCUCUACAUAACUAGUGUGUGUUGAUCAUAGUCACGUUUCACGUCACGUUUCCGAACAUUCCUUGGAAUAGAGGCAGUGCACGGCACGUCAUGGACUUUGUUGAAAACUAUAUUAUACAUAUUCAUAUUAAUCGUGUGCUUAUUUGGCUGGAUUACAUUUACUUGGCGCUUCGGUUUGUAAAACUAUCUCGCUCAUUUCGUCUAUAUUCAGUUGGCCGGCCGGCGCGCGAGCAUGUUUUAUUUAUUUCCGUUCAUCCGAGCCGGUGUAUGUUAUAUCUCAUAUAGGCGUAAUGUACAACUUAUAACCACCAAAUUCAUUUUAGUAGUGUUAGUUGUUAGUAUAGAACAAAAUUUUUAUAUAAUAAAUUAUAUUAUAAAUAGAUAUGUAUUGUAUGAAAUUUCUCAUGUGACAGAGAUGUGACCGUCUCUGUCGAGUGUUUCGGCUGUGGUUGUCAUCUGCAUCACAAUGUAAUUAUAAUAUUAUUUCUCUUUACCUAAAGGCGUGUAAUAGUGGAUGUUUUUUAUAAUUUACCAACACGGCACGAUAUUAUACCAUUUUACUCUAACGAUGUUAUAAGGGAGCAAAAUGUAAGCAAUUGUGGAGACGUUUUUAAAUUUCCACAAACAUCAUGAGCAAACACGGAAUUUUCGAAGUGUCUCCUACGCGUAUAGCCUACAUUUUCUUUUUUAUUAUACAGUAACAGCAUAAUUAUACGAUAUCCCGCAGUGCUAUGGUAAAUUAUAAAAGCAGGCGAUUAGUGUAAUGUAACAAGGUAGCAGUCGGAUAACGUCUAUGUCGCCAUUGCGUUUUACAAAUAUAAGAUUGAAGUUGGAACGCGACCGGAAUCGCAUCUGUAUAUUGUUUAUUUAGAUUGUAUUUAAGGUUCUUUUAAUCUCUUAUCAAAUGACUAAUGGUGCAAAUAUAUUUUAAGUUUGAAUUAUUGACAUAUUAUUUAGUUGUUUUAUACACUAUUUGCGCACUGUUCCAAAUAUGAAAUUCCUUUGGGUACUCUACUGUGACUAAGUUAAAUAAUGAAUCUAUCAGAAUUUCGUAUUUGGAAUAGAGUGUACAUUCGGUACGCUUGAGGAUAGCAAUCCCAUAUAAGAGAGCAUUCCUAUAAAAAUGGCAACAUUGCGAUCAGUACAGUUUUAGUUUCAUAUGUUUAAUAAUUUACUGUUUUGUGAUAUUAAAAUUUUGUUUAUGUAGAAAUUAUGUUCGAGUGUAGUCUAUAAAUCUGUUUCCGUCAUUUAUCGACAGUUUUUGUUGGCAUAAUGUCACUAAAGGAAACAUAAUUAUUUCUAGUAUUUAGUUUUCUUUGGUGUAUAUACUUUCUUUAUAUAUUUUUGACGCGUAUAAAAGGUAAGUUUUAAUAAAAUAAUGAUAAUGAAAAACCUGAAACUGAUCUGAGAUCGCGAGAUUGCGAUUUUAAUUAGAGAAUGCUACAACAGUGUCGUCCUUAUAAAGUAGGCUCACGUUGUAAGGAUGCUGAUAUAAUCUACAUGCAGCACGCAUUGCACUGAAUUUAAUGAAUAUAAUGAAAUAUGAAUGCUAUUUCACAUUAUAAUGAAAUCUGACUUAAUGUGGUAUUAACCCUGAUUACAAUAAGGGUUCAAUUUGAAAUGUAAAUUUUUAUCAUUUGAUUUCAUAUUUGGAAUAGAAUGUAGAAAUGAAAUAAUCAAUAUUGUUAAUAAUUUUAAAAAUUUAUCGUAAUAAUAAUGAUUUGGAAAUAUAUAAUGACAAUGAAAAUAUUGAAUGCAAAACUAAUUAUUGUAUUUAUCCUCAAGCGUAUAUUUACCGAAUUUUUAUCAUGUUAAUAAAGGCGAUGGUGAAGUCUGCUAAACAAUUUUUUUUUAUUAUGAAAUAUACAGAUUGGUUGUUCCGUAUAUUUACAGCCACCAUUUUAUUUGUACAUUUAGUGAUAACCGUUUAAAUAUUUUAAUUCUUCUUAAACCAGCAUAUUUUGCAUUUCAAUGUGGUAAUAAUAUUUCUAGAUAUCUUACAUUUUUAAAGUGUCUUAUAAUAACAAAAAAAUAUUUCAUAAUAUGCAAAAUUGUUUACAGACCGUUCUUUGUAUGGAUAUAGUUACGAUGGAUUAGUUAAAUACUUGCAGAAGACGAUGGUUGUAGAUUAUCAAUAUGUGCGAAACGAUAAUUGACGCAAUUGUAUUUAAACUCCAAGAUUUGUACCUACAUAGCUGAGUAGACAAAUUAAUACGGUGUUUAAUAAACUACUUAUGAUCCAUCAACUCGUAGACAUGACGGGGCAAAAAUUAAUCUUUUUCCAUCUCGAACACACCGUAUGCAAAGAAUGUCAUGGCGGUUUGCUUAGCCGUUAAAACGCCAAUAUGUUAUGAGCGUACGUUCACAUUUAGUAUAUUUCUCUGAUUGCAAUUUUGAACAUCAUGGAUACUCAGAUAUGUUUUUUUUUUAUUUUACCACUAUUAACACUUUUUAAGUAUGUAUCUGCAUCCUCUUGAACGAAUGGUACGAACUCACUGUGAUGUCAUAUAUCUAACCAUAAUGUACGAAUAGUUUAAAGUUAGUUAUUACAGUUUACAACCAUGGCCUUCUGUAAAUCCUAGUCAAAACAUAACGACGUAGUGAUGUAUCGUUAGAAUUAUAUUGUUUUGCUAAUUUAGGCUAAGUUUUAGUAUGAUUGAUAACUAAAUGAACACAGACAUAUUAUGUGGGCAUUAUUGGUAUUAGUCAUUAUUGAAGAAAUAUAUGUGACUGUAUAACAGUAUAUUUAAGAGGCACUCGUUUAGGCGACUUUGAGGACCACCGAUCAUAAAAAGUACUUUUUUUUAUUUUAAUUAUGUUUCUUUAGUCGUGUUUACAGUAAAAUGUAAUAAAAGUUCUCAAAUUUUUUUCCUAAAAAAAUCUUUUAGUCUAUACAAUAAAAAUUUAAGAAAUAAAUUACUGAAUUAAAUAUGUGUUAAUUUAAAUAAAAUUACCUAUUACGUCAGAUAUGUCGUCGUAUCUUAGAUGUAGUAUAAAACUAUAACUUGUUACCAUUCAAUUAAUUAAUCGAUUUUUUUUAUUGAUACUGCUUUAGAUUAGACGGGUUAUUGACGUUCAAAGAAUCAAAUUUGAAUAUCAUUCUCCUACUAAAGUCGCCUAAAUAGAAAUGCUUUUAAGAACUCCAUUUGAGCGUUAUCUAUAAUAUUCGAUAAUACCUUUAUUGUCAAUUGAAUUUUGUUUGCCUUUUUGUUUUGUUUUGUAGUAAAUUAAUAAUAUAAAUUGUUCUCCUUUCUAAUAAUGCCACAUAGAAUAUUUUAAAUAAUAUAUAUCUAAAAAUAUUUUUCAAAUACUAAUUGAUUCCAUUCAAUAUGUAGAUGACGCACAAAUGGGAUUUUUAAUACUGGUAUAUUAUUACGUGAUUGGUACUCAAUGUUAAAAUAAUUCGUUGCUUUCGUAAAAUAAUUGCAAAUUCACGAAUAUUCCUGUAGUACCAGGCACAGGUGAAUCAUAUUAAAAAAAAAAAUUAUAUCAUAUAAAACAUAAUAUUCUUAUUGUAUUUAUUUGUACUUAUUAUUAUAUAUGUAGAUCACUAUAUGAUUUUAUGAAUCGAUACAUUGCUUAUUAAAUGAGAUUAUUAAAGACUUUUCUCUCAGUCGACUUAUUAUAUUUAAUUUAAACAAAUUGAUAAACGAUUAAUAUUAAUGAAAUUCGGUGUAAUUGAUUUGUAGUGUAUAUUGUUUAUAGUUAUUUUUAUUGAAUUGAAAUCGAUCAUUAAAUUAUUUUAAAGUUUAUUUUAUGUAGAUAAUCAGUCAUUACGAAUGGGCAUGUAUUAGUGAAUAAAGAUUUUUUCUUGUUUGUAAUAUGCAAUUAAAUAAAAAGAAAUGCUGAAUAUA